UUGUGCGUCGAAAUUGCAGGGGGUUACCCCAGUUUGACUUAUUACGUAUAUCGUUUUGCAACAUCAAAUUCUUUGGGAACAGAGAUUAAGUGCGCCAAAGAAUAUUUAUUGGUAUAACUUCACAAAAACCCUAUGCAAGAUUACAUCAUGAAUUAAAACGUGAAUUUUCACGUGUUAACCCAAUAUGUCAGAAGUGCAAACAGACAGCAAGAGUAAAAUACACAAACUUCCGUUUAUAAUAAAGAAAGAAUCAAUAAAAUCUAGUUCAGACUAUGGAGCGUUAUUUCGUUGUUGGUCUGGUACAUCGGAUAAUUUGAUAAAAGAGGACAUAAUUUACAAGGCAAAAGCUGGUGACUUUUUGCAGGGGAAAUACCCUGCGCUUUGUAUUCUUAAUAGAUUGGAUGUGGCCAAGAACAGAAGUCGAACAGUUGCCGCUUACGUAGGUUCGAAUAGUGCCGUGAUACAAUUAACUUCGGACGCUGUGGUUAAAUUAAUUGGGCAAGCUAACUACGACCAAGUGUUUGCGUCUCUGUGCUGCGUGAUAAACCAAGAGUUGAAAGUUAAAGGGAUCCUUUCCCUGCUAUGCCCCAGAGUGGGUGAAGAUAAAACACUCUCUACCGUGGAAACCCAGACAUACGAGUCCUCGUUCACACAUUUAAUAAGAGAAAAACAAAGGAGAACUCGUGUUAAUAAACGUACUAAGAUCAGAACGUACAUUUUGCCAGAGGUAAAUACUAAAACAGUUACAAAGAAGGUCAUCAUAAACCCUGCUGAUUUUAUUAAAUUCAAGGACUUUAAAGUUGAAGACGAAGAACCUAACACAAAUACUGAACCACUUGGACAUUCAUGUCCUGUUGAUAUAAAAGUUGAGCCCAGUAAUAUAGAUGAUUGUAACAUUAUUGGUGAUGAUGAAUCAUUAAGUAACAUAAAGGAAACUGACACUGGCACUGACAGUGACCCAUUCCCUGAUUUAAAACUAAUAGUAGAUGAAGACAGUAAUAUCUCAGAGGUAGGUAGUAUUGGUAAUCUAUCAAUAGGAAGUUUUACCAAUUUACCCAAUAUAGAUAGCAAUGCAAAAUCAAUACUUAAUUAUAUAGAGAAUCAUACAGAAUUUAAUGACAAACUUGACGGUCAAUGUGAAAAGCAACCAGGAAACUUAACAAUAACUAUGGUUGAUGGAUCUAAAGUUACAAUAAGGGGAAAUCCAGAUCCAUUUCAUAUAGCAACGCCAGAAAUUCUAAAAGAAUUGUCACCCAAUCAUCAGAAAAAUAUCAUGUUACACCAAGCAUAUUUAGAUUGGAAAUUCUGCCUUCAACGAGACGAGGAUGAUAAUUUACCAUUACAUGGGGCCGUUCUCAAUAACGAUGUGGAAUUGCUAAAAAGACAGUGUCUUAUACUGAAGAGUAGAGAUCAAUCUGUUGACAUAUUGGCUGCUGGGAACUUAACAGCAUUACAAAUGGCGAUAUUCCAAGACUGUCCGGAAUGUACGAAAAUACUCUUGGCUCACGGGGCAGAUGUUAUGGUGAGGGACGAGGAAUCGAGGACCGCUCUGCACUUGGCUGCUGAGAUAGGCGCAAAGCACGUUGAUGCCAUACUUACUCAUUGCAUGAACAACGCGAGAGAAAUUUUAACAGAGAACGAUGAAUUUUGGAAACCAGAAUUAGAACACAAAGACGACGUAAAGAUGGCCAAUUAUUUGCUCACAAAAAUAAACACGAUAUGCGAUAAUCAGGGUUACACUCCAUUAAUGUUGGCAAGUAAAAUGGGCAACGACUCUGUGGUGAAACUGCUAGCGACUGCGGCGCCAAGCACAGUCAACAUGGCGAUGCCCACGAGUGGGAAUACUGCAUUGUACUUAGCAGUGGGCGCCGCUUGCACGGAAGCUGCCAGUCGUGGUGACAAAACUACAAUACCGGAGAAUUUUAAGAAGACCGUAGAGUUUCUCGUCGAGCACGGCGCCGAUCCGAGCGUAGAAAAUAACUCUGGCGGCAACGUUAACAUUCUACUGACGGAGUUCCAUGACAUUACAUUAUCCUUCUUGAUAGCAACCAAACUUUCGUCUUUAAACGGCUUCGGCCCUCAAAGAUGUGAUGCCGUCAUGCUUCUUAAAGACGCAAACGGUGUCAUCAGUGUUGCAAACAUGACACAAAACAAGAGUUUAAAUAAACCAAAAGUCUAUUCAAACGCUAAAACAAUAAAAACCGCAAUAGGGGGUGGUAACUCUACCGCCACAUGCAAAAUUGCUAGUAAAAGUAGUUUUAAUAUCGACAGAAGCGUUGCCGCGAAAUCUGGUAUGGAUGGUAAUAGAAAUACAAAUAUUGUUACUCAACCUGGUAGGAAUUGUAAAAACGGCACAGAAAAAUCCGCAAAAUGUAGUAAGAAUCUUGACAAACCAGUCAUAUUAAAAAAUUUACCGGUCGUCACGAAAAUCGUUUCGUUCGGUUCGGAUAAACCAGUUCUUGUUAAAGGUAUAGCACCUAAAGGCAAUGCCAAUGACAAAGGCUUACUGACUGAAAUAAUCGCGAAACCCAACACUACCAAAGUAAAUGCUGCAUCGUCCAGUAUACCUGUAGGUAACACUUCUAAUGCGCUUAAAUUUUUGAAAAUUUUGCCCAAACCUGAACCACAUACUUCUGAUGCAGUCAAAAAAACUCCAAUUUUACUUAAAAAUGCCGCCGUUAAAAGACAUACUCGUGAUAAUGAUAACAAAUCGAAAUCAAGUUCUAAGAAAACUAAAAAGUAAUGAUUUUGAUUCGUCCGAAUGUGAUUUUUUUUUAAUAAAAAAAUUCUUGUUAUACAAAAACAAAGAAUUAUACACCUUAUUUAAAUGACGAAAAGAAUUCAUAGAUGGAAAUACCAAUUAUCGUUACAUGUCUUAUUAUGUA